AAUGUAUGUGACAGUUUCCGACGGUGGAUUCUUUCAGAAAUCAUACUCAUGCAACAGACAUUUUUCACCGAAUUUAAUACGGUCUUAUAAUGAGAAUGUCAUGCAGUAUUGGAGAAAAAAAAAUAGUCGAGUUGAGGUGAGGAUUAUUCACAUGGGAAUUUUGGCAUAGAGCCGUUGGAAAAUUCAACAUGCUGAGUGUGAGUAUUAAGCGUAGAAGAAGGCGUUGGCGAUCACUGUCCCUAAAACAGAGUCUCUCCGCCUUCGUGUUGCUGUUGGAUCCAGUCGUCUUGGGGUAUGAAAAGUAUAGGCGGAGAUUAGUAUGUGUGAGGAUUGGGGGAGAUUGAAGUCACACGGGGGGUGUUGUGUGGGGAAAAAGCGUAUCGGUGUGGUAUUUUGGUUUUGGCUCGGCACGGGCUGCGCGCUUCUGGGAGUGAAGUUCUAAAAACAGCGGAGUGUUUUUCACAUUCCAUCCGAAUAUUUGAAAUUACUGUUACUGGUCUUGAAUAAGCAGCAACGAUGGGUAGAAAGAAGAUACAAAUCUCUCGUAUCACAGACGAGCGGAAUCGUCAGGUGACAUUCAACAAGCGGAAAUUUGGUGUUAUGAAGAAGGCAUACGAGUUAUCAGUGCUCUGCGACUGCGAGAUUGCAUUGAUAAUAUUCAGUUCAAGUAACAAGCUUUAUCAAUAUGCUAGCACUGACAUGGACAAAGUACUACUCAAGUACACGGAGUACAACGAACCACACGAGUCACUCACCAACAAGAAUAUCAUCGAGGCGCUCAACAAGAAGGAGCAUAAGGGCGCAAUGUCACCGGAGAGUCCGGAGCCGGACGCUAACGAAUACAAUCUCACACCACGUACAGAGGCCAAGUACACCAAGAUAGACGAAGAGUUUCAAAUGAUGAUGCAGAGGAACCAGCACAACGGCACAAGGGGUAUGGGACAAUCUAACUACACGCUGCCAGUCACUGUGCCAGUUAACACUUAUGGGGAAUCCCUUCUUGGAUCUAGUCCACAAAUGGCACACACUAGUAUCUCACCGAGACCAUCGUCGUCUGAAACGGAUUCAGUUUAUCCACCAGGUGGAAUGCUAGAAAUGAGUAACGGCUAUCCACCGUCAGCUUCACCUCUGGGUGGUUCACCAUCCCCAGGGCCAUCACCAGCACUAGUUGUUGGCGGUAACAAGGGUGCUAAUCCGUCCCGUCACUCACCCCAACCACCUCCACCUCCUCAUCCACAGAGAGCUAAUUUACGAGUCGUCAUACCCACUCCACUAUCACAAUCGCUCUCUGAUGAUACCAGUUACGAUGUAAGAUUUUUGUCUGGGGGCCACACACAGACUGCACUCAAUACACCAGUUGUUGCACUACAGACACCAUCCGUAGCUGCUGGUUACUCAAGUUUUGGAUCGUCAGACUAUUCCUCAGACCUUGGCAGUCUGACGUGGUCCCAUCAGAGGUACGUUGAUGACUUGUCAAUGUAUUCGGCAGCCACCAUGUCAAGCAUCAGUAGCCUUCCUCAUUUAGCCGUGUCGAGUAGCACCCCACCGCCAUCGACGUCUCCCCUGCCCGUGAAAAUAAAGAGUGAACCGAUAAGUCCACCCCGUGAUAGCCUCGGUAAUGCAGCUGGUGGUGCAGGAGGGCCAAGUAGUUUGCACCAUACAAAUUUAACAGUUGGAUCAGUGACAACAACAGGCCCACCUCCUCCUCACCACGUAACUCACACAGUACCGCAGAGCCUGAAUCUCGUAUCGAAUCGGCCAACAAGUAAUCCACCACCCACCCAUUCAGGCAGUAUAACACCAACAAAUUUACCAUCACCGAGUAAUGCUGGUAAUGUUGAUAUGAGAACGAGUCAUGGUACCGGGGGUAAUGGUGGUGGUAGUGGUUCAGAUUACGAGAAUGGACCGCUGAUGAAACGAUCUAGGAUUACAGAAGGAUGGGCCACCUAAUGCCGGCCAUUUUUGCGGCCCUACUGGCCCUACUCCACUUCGUCGUACAACGGCUGAUAAUGAACGACCAAAUCACUGACUAUGUGCUCUGAGGGCUCGUCAAAGGCUCAUCCAGCGCUUACCAUGUACGAAGAAUUGUUUGUUUCAGCCCUGAGGAUCUUGCGAUAAAUCAUUAUAGCAACAGAAAACAUUUGACGUACUUUUCAACGGAAUGUAAAAGGGCUUUUGCGAUUUUUUUUUAUGGGAAUCAACUGCAAUAUGCGGAUUUACUACAAUCUGUCACGUUCUUCGUUCAUUGAUUCGCACUUCAGGGGGAAAGGGGAGGGGGGGUUGUGUUUUUUGGUGGAACUAUGAUGAUGAUAAUUGCGGUGCCAUAAUGUUGAAAUAUAACAUAUAAAAUAUAUAUAAAUAUAUAUAUAUAUUUUCAUGUGUAUAAUAAGAAGUGUUGUUUGUAUAUAUGUCGAGGAAAAAAAAAGUUCAUAAUGGUUUGUCGGUAUGGCAUAUACACUAAUUCUACACUAAUGCAUAGAAAUUCCACUCUCUUUUUGUUUUCUAAGUUGCGACCCAACUUUCGGGGGAUUUUCGAUUAGAGGUAAUCGAAGAUUAAAUGUCCAGACGUUUUUUUUUUUCGCUUUAGUGAUACCUUGUUGACGUGACGUAAUACCGAGAAACUAUGAGAAAUUAUAUAUAUAUAUAUUAUUAUUGAAGGAAUCUGUACCAAGUGUUGGAUUCAAAGACCAUCUGAUGUUUUAGAAUUAUAUCUGUUAUAUUUUUGGGUGGUAGUCCAUCAGCAGCAUAAUCCGUUGAUCGUAACUUUACCUCAUUGCAAUCGUGUGUGACAUUUAUUUUUAAUUCCCUUUCUUUCUCUAAUCUCUUAUCAAUUUUUUUCCAGUUGUUAUUCGGUUCAACUUCCACGAGUAAUUGAUCUAGUCAAAGAAAUUAUCAGUACUAAAAAAAGGAAAAUAAAAGGAGAACUAGUAACUAGUUGGACGCGCCCAGACAGUUAUAAAAGUAAAAGGAAAUUAAUUUUUUUUUGUUCGUCGAGUCAAAAUGCAGUGGAAGUUUUAUCUAAAUCUCUCCUGGAAGUUAAUUUCUUAACUGUCACAGCUUUAUUUUUACAUUUAAUUUGCUCCUCCCCCAGUUAUUAAUUUUUCUACUUUAUCGCGUAAUUUUAAUUUAUCGAGAAAGCCUUAACAUUUCGGUACUUAUGGAGCCGAUUUGAUGAAACUGUUACAGACAAUGAAAUAGUUGUCGAUCUCAGUAACGACUAAAGGAGAAUGAACGAUUAAUUCAUCGAUAGUUGUUUUUUUUAAUGCAAUAAUUAUUAUAAGCAUGCAUUUUGAGUGUUUCCCGGCAGUCUUUAUUUUUCGUUUGGUUUCUUUUAUUUUAGUUCCUUUUUUUUCCCGAGUGAGUUAAUUGACGGUAUAUGUCUGCUGGCACAAUGAAAUAAAAUCAAUAAAAUUGAUAAAAUAAGGGGCGUUGGUUGCUGUAUGGAAAAAAAUCUGUACAUGAUAUUCUGUGGGAAUCAGAUUUGAAAUUUAAUAUAUUAAAGUAUGAGGAGAGGAAAAAAUUUAAUGAUAAAUAGCGUUGAUCGAUAAAUGAUUAAAUUGAAUGACAUAAAAGGAAUAAUAAUGUAAACCUAGUAUACACACUCACGAAACGCAUAUAAAUUUAAUGUAUGUAUGUAUGUACAUAUAUAUUAUAUUCAUACAUAUGAAUACAUUUUCCACGAGUAUUUUGCACAUUUGAUAUGAAGAAAAAUUGUAACAAAAAUGAGGUAUGAAGUGAAGAUUAGGAAAUACAAACCUUCUCUGUCCUUUCUCAUCAUUGAGAGUUUGACUCGCAGGUUUAUGUUGACGGAAUAAUCAAUAUGCAUAUGUUAUAUGUAAGAGAUUGAUACAUAUAAGAUGCAAUUGUCGAAAAAAAAUGAUUGAAAAACUGGCGAACUCACUCUGUACUUUUGGUUUUUUAUUUUUGCAAUCGAAUGACUUGAUUUUAUCAAAGUAUCCUGCUGAGGUAUUCUCUCAAAUUACCCACACUUGGAGGAAAAAAUAUGAAUUAAUUGUAAUUUAAUGUAUCCUAAAGGAGUACACAGGUAUUGAAGAUAAAAUAGUGCCUGGAACCAUUUGUGGCCCUCGUUUUUCGUAAGCAAAAGCAGAAAAUUAUGAAGUGAUCAACAUAUGUACAAAUUGCAUUAUUGUUAGAUGUCUGAUGUUGAUCCCUUCAUUUUUCGAAUUUUUAACGAAUGUUUUGGAUAUCCCGGGAUGAUGUGGAUGGAAACGGAAAUUAUGAAGAAAAAUUAACGAAAAAAAAAACAAGAUUAAAUAGUCAGAUUGUAAUAUUGACUUGAUAAGAUGAUCACAAAGUGCAAUCUUUUAGGCAAAAAAAAAAAACACUUUUUAUCGAUCUAAAAAGUAUAAAAAGAAAUUGUUAUUUUUCAUAAGGAAGAAAUGAAGUUUGAUAUAUUGAAAAGAAUAUAUGUCUCUCCUAGUUGUUUAAAAUGAGUAAAACAUUUUCCUAUAAAUAAAGCCGAGAGAAAAUUAAUAGUAAAUGCUGAUGAAGAAUUUGAAUGAGGUUUUAUUGAAUUCAAUUGAUAUUUUUCCAAUGUGACCGAAUCACAAAUUGUACAAUGUUCAAUGGUACAACUCGGCUCUUUGUUGUACAGUAAUAUGAGAAUUAUCGUUAUGUCCAUAGAAUAAAUAAAAAUUCAUUUUGAUGAACUAUGUUAUGAAAUUAUUUAUUUGGCAUGUUCUUUGAAUAUUACUUGAGGGGAUUCUUGAAAUGACCAGUUGAUUUUGACAUUAUGUUGAGCUGUUUGAUAUAUUGAAAUGGAUUUAACGAUAUUCCUCAAGAAAUUUUAUUAAAAAUAAACAUUGUCGAAUGCUGUGACUUUUAUGGACCAUCUUUAACAGCUUUAUAUAACUAUUCAGGUAAAAUUAAAACCAUUCACUAGAGAACUACAAAAAUAAACAAUACCAUAAACUCCGCAUGAAACACAAGAACAGGCCCCAAAAAACUCCCGUUGGCUGCACUAGAAGCAAAACUAAAAACAAAUAAUUUAACAACCAGCAAAUUAUUGUAAUGCACAGCACGAUGAAACUGAUACAUUCGUUGUAAACAAACGUAGUACUAUUAAGAUAUUAAGCAAAAAAAAAUAACAGCAUAAAUACAAUGAAGAUGAAUAUUUUUAAAAAAGUAUGAUGUACGUACUAGCCACAACUGUUGUCACCGCAGAUUAAACCGAUAAGUUAUUAAGUUUAAAUACAGGUUUACAAAUUGGACAUAUCUAAGACGCCAAGUAGCAUCGAUACGUCUCACAUAUACUUACCAGUGGAUGGAAAAUUAUUAUAACAAAAAAAAAUCUGUAAAUCUAUUUUAGUUUCAGAGGAAGAAGUACUGCUUAAAUAUCCAAUUAACCAUUAUGACAGUGUAAAUUUUUUUUAUUAUAGGGAGCCACUUUUUCUUGUAAUUUGAGGCUCAACAUUUUUCCUUCAGAAGCUCUGGACGCGUUGUUUCAAAAGGUACUUCAGAGGCAGACGAAAAUUUUAUUGUCAGCAUUGUAUUGAAGGUAUUAACGGAUCGUAACAACUCAAUCAUUUAUUCGUGUAAAAAACAAAGAUUGGAAAUGACCGUUGGAUAGUUUACGAAUAUUACGUGAAUGCAUUAUAGAGAUGAAAACGUUCGGCCUGUUUUGUCAUUGCUUCGAGCAAUAUGUUUCCUCCUAAUCAUUCAUUUUUCAUUCUUGUUCUCGUGUAACUACUACCUGUCAUAUGGCAUGAAUAAUUGAACAAAAAACCUUAGUUUUACGUAAUUAUGGUGACGCUAUCAAUGAAAAAAAGGGAAAUUGAUGAAAUCUAUGAAAAAUCGUUGCUGCUAUUUUUACGAGCAGUCUACAUAGCCAUGAAUGAUGUUUUUUAUUUAAAAGAAGCAACAAUACGGAAAGUAAUUCUUAUAGUGCCAUUGUAACAGACUAAUUUAACUGAAUAUCACCUAUUGUUUAAGUAGAAUGUUAAGGAUGAAAAUGGUGAAAUUGUAAUUGACACAAUUGUAACAAUUGCGGUGUUGAUAAAAAAAUACAAAGACUCGGUUUUAUGUUUGUAAUAAUUGUUAUAAUGUUUGCCAAACAUUAUAUAAAAUAUAUAUAUGAAAUAAUGAUUAAUUAUAAAAAUAAGUGUGACACGAUAAAAAGAACAAAUGUUGGGAAGAAUUUUCUGCGAUACUAGUUUGUCAAUGAAAGAUAUCAUCCAAUUAUGCACAUCCGAUGCCACGCAACACAAUCGAAUAAUAAAAUAUAUAUAUACAAAUAUAUAUAUGUGUAUUCUGGGAGGAAAGGCGCCAGAAACUGAGGGGGAAAAGUGAUUUAUAGUUAAUGAUGCGAAGGCGAUAUUGUUUUCAAUUCGAUAUAUAUCAUUUUGGUGCUCGAACUAUUUCUCCUCCCCCCGUUUCCCACUCUCCACCAUAAUUUCUGUUGAGUUGAUUUGUUUUUGAAUUUUGCCGACUCAUAUGAUUGUUCAUCAUAUAAUUGCCUAUAAUUCGGUUAGUGAAAAAAAUGAGGAAAUAUGGAUAAUUAAUGAGACUUAGCAAUUAAUUAUUGUUAUCUGGUAGAUACUCUAUGUACAUGACACACACGUAAUCGACGAUUAUAGUCGCACCCCCUCUCCACCCCCUCAUCAUAAAAA